AUGUCUACUAUAGACAAGCUUCGUGGGAUGCUCUUGGUGCAGAGCGAGUACCUGAAGAAAAUAUCCUCCGCGCACGGAAAGGACCAAGACAGUGGAAAGAACCAAGACAGUGAGGCACAGAGAACAUCUAUGAAGAAGAGCAAAUCAUGUGACAGCAAGCUCAAGAAGUCGGUCUCGUUCAAGGUGUCUCCAUCGGCGGGACUGAAGCUGCACCGGACGAGGAGGACCAACAAUGUGCUUAGCAUUAUGUUGCAAAGGUUCAAUGGAAUUGCCUACCCGAAGGCAAAGAUUGAUGAGAUCUUCUCCGAGUGUGAGAGGAGGAGGUCGAGAUACUUCGAGAAGGGGCAGGCGGCAGACGUCUUGAAGGAGUUGGGGUUCCAUUUCAGCGUUGAGGAGAGCCAGGAGAUUUUCCGCAUCAUGGACUUUCAGAAUGUGGGGGAGCUUGAUCUACAGGAUUUGAAGCAGAAGCUGCUGCGGCACAGGUGCAAGGAGUGCUUGAAGGGCUGGUUCACAGACCUUGACGUCUACGACAUCAUCGCAGAGAAGCUGCUCGAAGACGGCAGGAUGCUGCAAGACAACCCCCUCAAGGCCCUUGCCGCACACCCGGACGACCUCUCCUAUCACCUUCAGGACCUGCAUCAUGAUGUAUUGACGGCGAUGCAAAGUGGACUGGAGGACAUGAAGGACUUGAGCUCGCGGUCACAGGAGGGACCGUCCUCCUCCAAGUUCACCAGCGAGCUGCCCUGCACCUUUUCGAUCAAGAAGAUCGAGUUCAGCAAGGGGUUGAGCGCGGAGGAGAAGGGAAACGAGGAGGAGGAGGAGGAGCAGAUCGAUAUGAUGCGGAAAGAGCAUGAUGCUUUGGAGGCGAUCACCAGUGGAUGCCUGGAUGCCCCGACCAACGCACGUAUGGAGUGGGAGUUUGUGACGGGACCCAAGGAAGGCGUGAGGUAUCCGGGAGAGGAGCAGGAGGAGGAGCACGUGGGGAGGGUCAGGAGGUCGCUGGAAGAGCUCAUGCAACAGGAGGUGUUUUCGCGGUCUCGGCUGACCAAGGGUGAGUUGAUUGGGCUAAGGUUGUACACGGGGCCCAUGCACGUCAAGUACAACGAGAGCAUCAGGCAAUAUUUCAACUCCAUCGGUGACAACGAUCGCACCAGUUACAGCGGUGACUUCCCGACUACCAUCCAGCUCAUCUCCUCAGGCAUCCUCAAGCUCGCCAGUUCCAAUAGCAUCCCCUCCAACAAGAAGCUCUACCGAUGCCUCAAGCCCAACGCCAACGACAGCAGCUUGCAACAGCGCAUCCUGGAGGGGAGCUUGCUCAACAUGGAGCCAAACUUCAUCUCUGCCUCCAGCGAGUGGAAGAACAUCUCGGGUAAGGCCGGAGAGGAGGGGGAGGAUGGAAGCUCGCACCUUCCCAUCAUCCUCGAGAUCUGCUCCUACGACAGGACCAUCGGAGCAGAGUUGCAGUGGCUCUCGCAGUAUCCGCACGAGGACGAGAUCGUCUUUCCUCCCUUCGCCUGCCUCAACAUCUCUCGACCCAUCAGCUUCAACGCGCACGAGGGAAAGGAGGUUGUCCUGCUGUCCGCGCAGAUUCAAGUGAGCGGGGAGCAGAAGGAGAAAACUAUCGAAUGA